AUGCGCCUCGCCCUCAUCUUCGCUGUGAUCGCUGCAGCCUGUCUAGCUUCCAGUGAAGCCUUCGCUACGAGUCCCGGCAAAGCUAAGAUAUCUAAGGUGACUUUACUUGAUGCGCCAGGUCAAAGACUUCUAAGGGCCCACCGCGCUGCUGUUGAAGACGAAGAUGACUCCGCAGAGAGGGGUCUUAGUGCCAAAGACUACGCGGCACCAGCCAAAUAUGGUGAUGAUUUGGGGAUUGACGUGGCGAAAGCUACCAGAAACACUGCGUACUUGAAUGAGGUGGCAGAGCAGUACCAAAAGUACAAAGACUUUCUGAAUCAGUUGAUUCAAAGUCGCAAAACAAAGAGAUCCUCGAUGAUUUCGUAUGAGCGUCGCGGGUGA